GCCGCCGGCCCCGGCCCCGCCGCCACCCAGCGACCCGGCCCGGGCGGCUCCCUCCGCCCGUCGGCGCGUCGGUCCGCCGGACCCCUCCCCCGCGCGGGGCCAGGACGCCAGGCCCGCGGCGCCGCCCCCGACGAUGGAGAAGCUGAUGCCCAGAGAGGGACAGUGAUACACCAUCGGUCACAGAACCAGGUAGUCCCGGUGCACGGACCAGGUGCCCGGCCGCCAGGCCCAUGUCGGUGAGGCCGCGGGCGCAGGCCGCCAGCAUGCCUUGGGACGCGCGGCGGCCCAGUGGCGGUGGCGGCGACGGCGACGGCGGUGGCGGUGGCGCGGACGGCGGGCCCGAGGGCGCGGGCGCGGGGCGCUCGCGGGCGCAGAAGCAGUGCCGCAAGUCGUCGUUCGCCUUCUACCAGGCCGUGCGCGACCUGCUGCCCGUCUGGCUGCUUGAGGACAUGCGCGCCAGCGAGGCCUUCCACUGGGACGAGCGCGGGCGCGCCGUCGCCUACUCGCCGUCCGAGGCGCUGCUCUACGCGCUCGUGCACGACCACCAGGCGUACGCGCACUACCUGCUGGCCACGUUCCCGCGGCGCGCGCUGGCGCCGCCCAGCGCCGGCUUCCGCUGCUGCGCCGCGCCGGGCCCGCACGUGGCAGCUGGCUGCGCUACAAACCGCGUGGCCGGCCUGCGGCGCGUGCUGCGCGCCGUGCGCGACUUCCCGGCCGAGGAGCGCGCGCGCCUGCUGGACCGGCGGGGCUGCAGCCGCGUGGAGGGCGGCGGCACGGCGCUGCACGUGGCCUGCGAGCUGGCGCGGCCCGAGUGCCUCUUCCUGCUGCUCGGCCACGGCGCCUCGCCCGGCCUGCGCGACGGCGGCGGCCUCACGCCGCUCGAGCUGCUGCUGCGCCAGCUGGGCCGCGACGCGGGGAACGGGCCGGCCCCCGAGGGCCCCGCCGCCGCCUCCCCCGGGGAGCCGCGCCAGCGCCGCCUGCUGCUGCUCGACCUGCUGGCGCUGUACACUCCCGCGGGCGCUGCCGGUCCCGCCCGCCGCGAGCUGCUGCGCGACCCUCCGCGCUGGCGGCGGCUGCUGGGCGAGGACAAGUUCCAGUGGCUGGCGGGGCUGGCGCCGCCCUCGCUCUUCGCGCGCGCCAUGCAGGUGCUGGUCACCGCCGUGCCGCCGGGCCGCUUCCCCGAGGCCCUGGACGAGCUGCCGCUGCCGCCCUUCCUGCAGCCGCUGGACCUCACGGGCAAGGGCUAGGCCGCGGGCGCGCCCGGCGCCGGGGUUUUGGAGAACGCCUGUUUUUGCCAGCGCUGUGCCCGGCACUUCGCAUAGAUUGGUCUCUGUC